AAACCACCCUCUCAGUACUGGCGUGAUCUGUCAUCAUCCGGGGGCAUUGCCUCGUCGUCCGCAACACCCGUUGUUCUAGAGGCUGUUGGAUGCAAGUGCAGGCUCCCGUCACACCAUCCUCACGCAGCUUUGUCACCAGUCUCCUAG